AUGACAUUUAAAUCAUGGAUUAACGAAUGGUGGAAACCUCUUAUUAUUUUGCUAACACCGCUCGUAUUAUUACCGUUACCAUUAGUUGGAAAAACUGAUCAAACAAGAUGUGGUUACAUUGUUUUGAUUUUAAUUAUAUACUGGAUGACUGAAGCAAUUCCAUUACCAGUUACAUCAAUAUUACCACUAAUAUUAUUUCCAUUAAGUGGUGUUGUUGAAGCAAAGUCAAUAGCACCAAAUUAUUUUCAAGAUAUAAUUAGUCUUUUUUUUGGUAGCGUUGCUGUAGCUUAUGCAGUUGAAUGUGUUAAUCUUCAUCGUCGAAUUGCCUUGUUUGUUUUAAGCUUUCUUGGUUCAUCAAUAAAAUGCUAUCAUCAAACAGGGAAAAAGUACAAAUCAGUUGUUUUAGGAUUCUUAUUGGCUACAGCUUAUAGUGCAUCCAUUGGUGGCUUAGCGACACUUGUCGGUGCGUCAUCGAAUAUAUAUGUUAAAGGUUUUACCGACGGGUAA